AUGCCUCUCUUCCAUCACUCAAGCUCCUCCGACCGCAGCAGCAUCGACGAUCCAAAUACCACGUCCUCGCGCCGCCGCUCCCGCGGCUCCUCUGGUUCGCAGUCACACCAUUCCUCCUCCUCUUCCCCCUCGUCCCGCCAUCACAGCCACUCCUUCUUCGGAAGCAGUAGGAAAAACGAAGAUCGUUCUGUCCUCGCUGCAAAAGAACAGGUCUCGCGCGCAGAGGCCGCAGAACGCGAAGCCGAUCGGGCACUAAUGGCCUCUAAGCGGGCAGUGCGUGAGGCUAGAGAACACGUGAAGCGGUUGGAUGAGGAGGCAAAGAUUGAGGCACGCGCCGCAAAGAUGAAGCAGGAUCAGGUGAAGUCGAUUACGAAGAGGGCGAAGCCACUGGGCCGACACGCGUGA